GGCAGCUAAGACACAACCAAGUCAGUGCAGUAUGAGCCUAUUACCUCUCCAUCCCAUUCCCCUCCUAUCUAUGGGCUCCCAGGAUGCCCUGGCUCCCUUGCCUACACCUCGGUCCCUUCCCCAGAAUCCCUCCUCCCACUCUCAGGCCUCUCGGUGUAGGCCUUUCACCUGGGGCCUUAGCUGUCUUCUGGCUCUACAGCAUUUCCUGGUCCUGGCAUCUCUGCUGUGUGCCUCUCACCUGUUGCUGCUUCACAGUCUCCCCCAAGGGGGGCUGUCAUACGCCCCUGCUCAGCUCCUGGCCUCUAGCUUCUUUUCAUGCGGUAUGUCUACAGUCCUGCAAACCUGGAUGGGCAGCAGGCUGCCUCUUAUCCAGGCUCCAUCCUUAGAGUUCCUUAUCCCUGCUCUGGUGCUGACCAGCCAGAAGUUACCUUUGGCCACCAAGACACCUGGAAAUGCCUCCCUCUCACUGCACCUGUGUAGGUUGACUGGUUGCCAUGGCCUGGAGCUCUGGAAUACUUCUCUCCAAGAGGUGUCAGGGGCAGUGGUGGUGUCCGGGUUGCUGCAGGGCACACUAGGACUGCUGGGGGUGCCUGGCCGUGUGUUCUCCUACUGUGGGCCACUGGUGUUGGCUCCCAGCCUGGUUGUGGCAGGGCUCUCUGCCUACAGGGAGGUGGCCCAGUUCUGCUCCGCUCACUGGGGGCUGGCCUUGCUACUUAUCCUGCUCAUGGUGGUUUGUUCUCAGCACUUGGGUUCCUGUCAGGUACCUGUGUGCCCUUGGAGGCCAGCUUCAGCUUCUACAACUCAAAUUUAUGUCCCUGAAUUCCGACUCCUCUCGGUACUUAUCCCUGUGGCCUGUGUGUGGAUCAUCUCUGCUCUUCUGGGUCUCAGCCUUAUCCCCCUGCAGCUGACUGAGUCCACUGAGGCACCAUGGUUUUGGCUGCCACACCCGGGUGAGUGGGACUGGCCCUUGUUGACACCCAGGGCUCUGGCUGCAGGCAUCUCCAUGGCUUUGGCAGCCUCUACCAGCUCCCUUGGCUGCUAUGCUCUGUGUGGCCAGCUGCUGCAUUUGCCGCCUCCACCACCACAUGCCUGCAGUAGAGGGCUGAGCCUGGAGGGACUGGGCAGUGUGCUGGCUGGGCUCCUGGGAAGCCCCAUGGGCACUGCAUCCAGCUUCCCUAAUGUAGGCACAGUGAGUCUUUUCCAGGCUGGAUCUCAGCGAGUAGCUCACUUGGUGGGGCUGUUCUGCAUGGGGCUUGGGCUCUCCCCAAGGCUGGCUCAGCUCUUCACCACCAUCCCCCUGCCUGUUCUUGGUGGGGUGCUGGGACUGACCAAGGCUGUAGUUCUGUCUGCCGGAUUCUCCAGCUUCCACCUGGCUGACAUUGAUUCUGGUCGGAAUGUCUUCAUUGUGGGCUUCUCCAUCUUCAUGGCCUUGCUUCUGCCAAAGUGGCUUCAGGAAGCCCCAGUCAAGCUCAGUACAGGUUGGAGACCCUUGGAUGUGUUCCUGUAUUCCUUGUUGGCAGAACCCAUCUUCCUAGCUGGUCUUUUGGGUUUUCUCCUAGAAAAUACCAUUUCUGGCACUCGGCUUGAGCGAGGCCUACAUCAAGGGCUUCCAACUUCUUUCACUAUCCAAGAAAUCAGAAUGUCUCAGAAGUCCAGGGAGAAGACUACUCAAGAGUAUGGGCUUCCUUUGCCCAUCCAAAACCUGUGUACCUGCAUUCCGCAGCCUCUUCACUGCCUCUGUCCAAUGCCUGAAGACUUUGGGGAUGAGGAAGGAGGGCCCUGUAAGACAGGAGAGACAGCAGACUUGUUGCCUGACUCUGGGGAGUCAUGCCCUACAUCUAGCAGAGAAGGGUUUAGGUCCCAGUAAUACCAAGACUACAGUUUCUGUCCUUAUUAGUUUAGUGGUAAUAGGCAACUUGCUGGAGUC